AGGAAGAGCCUGCAGACCGAAUGCAACUGCUGUCUCCUGUCUCUGCUUUUCUGUUAAAAAAACAGAUAAACUUUGUGAUCUCCCUGAACAUCAGCAGGAUCAGUUUUCAGAAGAUGAACACCCACCCACGCAAACCAAACGCAGAGUUAUCCGGCUGCACGGCCGUAGGACUCUGGUGUUGGAUGGCACCCGGCCUGUGCGUGUCUCUGGAACAGCUUUCAUCAGAAAGACUUCACACUCCUUCAGUCUGCACAGCAUUCAGAAUGAAUGGCACAGUGAAUGUGAGCGAUGAGCGUACUCCUCAUGACUUCAUGUUUACGUCCGAGUCUGUGGGAGAGGGACAUCCUGAUAAGAUAUGUGACCAGAUCAGUGAUUCUGUGCUGGACGCUCACCUGAGGCAAGACCCUGAUGCUAAGGUGGCUUGUGAGACGGUGUGUAAGACGGGCAUGGUGCUGCUCUGUGGGGAGAUCACGUCUCGAGCCAACGUGGACUACCAGAGGGUGGUGAGAGAAGUCAUCCAGCAUAUUGGUUACGAUGACUCGCAGAAAGGAUUCGACUAUAAGACCUGUAACGUGCUGGUAGCCCUGGAGCAGCAGUCACCUGACAUCGCUCAGGGAGUUCAUAUCGAUCGCAUGGAGAGCGAAAUCGGAGCUGGAGACCAGGGUCUGAUGUUUGGAUACGCCACAGAUGAGACAGACGAGUGCAUGCCCCUCACCAUAGUCCUCGCCCACAAACUCAACGCUAAGAUGGCCGAGCUGAGGCGAAAUGGGACGGUCCCCUGGCUCCGCCCAGACUCAAAGACACAGGUAACAGUUCAUUACACCCAGGAAAAUGGUGCUGUGAUCCCCAAGAGAGUGCACACUGUGGUGAUCUCUGUGCAGCACGAUGAUAACGUGUGUGUGGAGGAGCAGAAGAAGGUGCUGAAGGAGAAGGUCAUCAAAGCCGUGGUGCCUUCACGCUACCUGGACGAGGACACCAUCUAUCACCUGCAGCCCAGCGGACGCUUUGUGAUCGGAGGGCCGCAGGGUGAUGCAGGAGUGACGGGCAGGAAAGUCAUCGUGGACACAUACGGUGGUUGGGGGGCCCACGGGGGCGGAGCUUUCUCCGGAAAGGACUACACCAAGGUGGACCGCUCGGCCGCCUACGCUGCACGCUGGGUGGCAAAAUCUCUAGUGAAGGCCCAGCUGUGCAGGCGGGUACUGGUGCAGGUGGCGUAUGCGAUUGGAGUGGCCCACCCGCUCUCCAUCUCCCUCUUCACCUACGGCUCCUCUCCAAAGAGCGAGAAGGAGCUUCUGCAGAUCGUCAAUAAAAACUUUGACCUCAGACCUGGAGUCAUAGUCAGAGACCUGGACCUAAAGAGACCAAUCUACCAGAAGACGGCAUGCUACGGACACUUUGGCAGGAAGGAGUUCCCCUGGGAGGUCCCGAAGAACCUCAACUUCUAGUGUGUGUGUGUGUAUGUGUGUGUGUGUGUGUGUGUGUGGUGGGGUCCAUAUGGCCUUUUUUCAUUGGUCUGAGUCAGAGGUGUGGGUGGGUCAGAGGUGUUCCAGCUGUUGGUGACAAAGUCCCUAAAUGACAACUCUGAAGCAUGAGAGAUAUUUACACUUUAAAUCUAAACUGCUAAAGAAAAAAAAACAAUAAACUGAGUGGAUGACCAAAUUUUAAAGGAGAAAAACCGUGAAUGGGUCAUGUCUUAAGAGUUUCAGUGAGUUUUUAAAGAGCCAGUGGGGAUUCUGCACGUGUUUGAGGUUUUCUCGGUCGUGUUGGCUCUGAUCUCAAAUGACAAUGUUCUAGGAAAAUCCUUCAGAAAUUUAUAUGUGCGCUCUUUUAUGAUUAUUUCAGUGGCAAACUCCGACAGUCAGCUAAACCUCUUUGAAUAAUCUUUAUCACAAGUGUCUCAGUUUUGCCUGGAUAAAAAUGAACUUCCAUCCAUCCAAUUAAGGGUCACUGGGGGGGUGGAGCCUUUCCCAGCUACCAUAGGGCGAGAGGCACAUACAACACAUCGCACUCAACUGAUAAAAUUCACAUCUAUUGAAAAUUUAGAGUCGCCACUUAACUCAACUCUACCGUGGCUCAGGGGGUUGGGAAGCGCACCUGUAACCGGAAGGUCGCCGGUUCGAUCCCCGGC